CCCAGCUCACGCACACCACAUCCACUCGUUUCACUACGAAGCACUCGUCUCUCAUUCGAAAGUGAGCGGACAGACAUUUUAAGCAAUCCAGCUCUCAGAUAAACGAAAACCCCAACACCAUGCCUCCCAUCCGCACCUCGCGGACACGUAAACCCCCGCCAGACGGCUUCGACGACAUCGAAGACACCCUGCUCGAGUUCAGCAACAAGAUGAAAGAUGCAGAAAACGCCUCUCAUGAGGGCAAGAAGAGGCACGAAGUCCUCUGGCCGAUAUUUCAGAUUAGCCAUGCGCGAUCCCGCUACAUCUACGAUCUUUACUACGAAAAAGAAGCCAUUUCCAAACAACUAUAUGACUGGCUGCUGAAAAAUAACUAUGGGGAUGCCUUGCUUAUUGCGAAGUGGAAGAAGCAAGGUUACGAGAAGCUCUGCUGCCUCCGCUGCAUCCAGACCAAAGAAACAAACUUCAACGCCACCUGUAUCUGCCGCGUGCCCAAAGCGCAGCUCAAAGAAGACCAAAGCAUCCAGUGUGUCAGCUGUGGCUGCCGUGGGUGUAGCAGUAGUGAUUAGGGGGUUGAAGUUGUGGAAAAACGAUGUGGAAUAUUAGCCUUUAUAUUAAAAAUAUAAAGCAAACCAAAACAAAUUACACGCUCGCGCACACUCAAAUACGUGCAUAUUUCCCCUUCCCCCCUCCCUUCUCCGUUGUUAAUUCACUGCAUGGGUAUUUUCUGGUUCUUCCUCUCCAUCCUGCACCGUCGUUUCCUCUCCCAAUUUAUGGCCCGCGUGAUGAAGAACUCUACAAUCCCUGGCCAUGGAACCGGUGCGACGAUUUUUUUUC